UUUUCCUUCAAACAUAACCAAUACACAAUGAAGAUACAAACCACUAUAUUUGCCACGUUUGUGACCGCUGCUAUUGCUAAAAACAUUUACAAGCCCCCAAAACUCUCUGAUAUCCAAAUCCGCGAGCUUGAGGAGCUCACCAAGCGCCAAAUCAUGGACCAGGAGUUCCUCGAACAGCAGCUUUUCCGGGCUACAAGCCAACAGUUGGUAAUCCCCGAAGGCAUGGAAGUUACUACAACCGUGCACAACUCGCUCUUGACUACAUACAUCAAUAACCACCCGGAUUUGUCCAUCUUUUCGAUGUACGUGCGCGAUGUCAUGUCCAUUGCGCUGCGUAUUGACAACCCAAAGCAGUCGACGUUGAUUUUUGCUCCGCGCAACUCCGCGGUCGAGCAGCUUUCCGCAAAGCCGUGGGAGUUUCCGCGGAAGGUGGACGAGAAUAACGUGUCCACGGACCAGGAAAUCGAUGAGACGAUUGCGUCGAACAUUGCCUCGUUUGUGGAGUCACACAUAGUCACCGAUGUCUUGGACUUUAGUCCGCUUGCUGGUGCGGAUGCAGUGGCCCUGGGGAUCGUGGAAGUCAAGACGAUCAACGGGAAGGCGUUGAGAUUGAAGAAUGUCGCGGAUGGUGGGUUCCAGGUGAGUUCGGCGGGCACGGACUGGAAGUUUGUGGAUAUCCAGGAGAUUCAGUUGGUGGAGAAUGGGGUGAUUUUGAUCAUUCCUCAGCUGCUUGUCAUGCCAUAACUGGAGAUUGACUCGGAGAGAAACAUAGCUUUACUCAAUCUGCUUUGCAUAGUUUAGCUGCGGCGUAACCGCUGACUGAUCAACCAGCCUCCGUUUUUCUUGGAGCUUUCAUCGUUUUUUUCCCCCUUAUGUUUUUCGGUUUCGGUUGCCUUUUUCUCUGAAUGGCUAUUAUUCCGAAAUGGGUUAUGACUUACAACACGCUUUACGACUUCUUUUUCCCUACUUUGUGUGUCGGCUCACUUUUUUUAUACAUAUAUGGUAUACUA